CUCUUCCCUCAGUCUCUCUCACACCUCUUCUUCUUCUUCAACUUCAACAUCACUGUUUCCAGUUCCCACGAUUCCGAAACACUGCGACAAAACAGUAGUAUCUAUGAAUCGCGUUGCAUUCACCAAAUCAAUUUAUGGGCGCUUCAGAAGCAUCCACCACACCGCCUUUAAACAAUUCUCCGACCACCGCGAAACCCAGCAGCUAUUGGAUGCUGGUCCCGUGGCGUCUCUCUUGAAAUCGCGGGGUGUUAUCCGGUUCCGAGGUCCUGACACACUCAAGUUCCUUCAGGGUUUGUUGAGCAACGAUGUACGCAGCUUCGGUGAACCCCUGGGUGAGAAAACCGCGAAUGUGCCAACGCCCAAUGUUCCUGUGGCCACUGUGCCUCCUCUAUACGCCGCACUUUUGACCCCUCAGGGAAGAUUCCUUUAUGACUUUUUCCUCUAUAAGCCCCCCAAGCCUGAUACCAAGCUUGAUGAUACCGGCACUGCCCCUGGCUCCGACCCUCAUGAUCCCUUUGAUUUGUUCGCCGAUGUUGAUGCUUCUGCUUUGGCUGAAUUGCUUCACACCUUAAAGAAAUACCGGUUGAGGUCAAAGGUUGAGAUUGAUGAUGUCACAGAGCAAUUCUCGUGCUGGCAGCGUUACGGUGCUGGUGUUCCUGUUAAGUCCUCCAACAAAGAAGAACCAGAAGCUGCCUCUCUUGGCUGGGGUGCUGGUGUGGACAAUGCUGGAGUGUCAUCUUCACGUGCAAAUAAUGUUGGAUGGCAGUGGUUUAAGGAUCCUAGAUUGGUCUGUCUGGGUUUCAGAGGGAUCUUCCCAUCGAAUACAAUUCCACCUCUUGUUGAGGUUGGUAAAGAAACAGAUGAACAGAAUUACCUUUUGUGGAGAAUAGAGCAAGGGGUAGCAGAAGGAUCGAGCGAGAUCCCGAAAGGUGAGGCAGUACCACUAGAGUACAAUCUUGCAGGCCUUAAUGCUAUUAGCUUUGACAAAGGUUGCUAUGUCGGCCAGGAACUCAUAGCUCGAACACACCACAGAGGGGUGAUAAGGAAGCGUGUAGUUCCUCUAAAGUUUAUCGAUGAUGAUGGGAAAGAAGUAGAAAACAAGGUGAUUCCUGGGUCAGAAGUGAUGAACAUUGCAUCUGGCAAAAGGGCUGGUACAGUAACUACCGCCAUGGGAUGUCGCGGGUUGGGGCUCUUGCGGCUAGAUGAUGCCUUUAAAGGGUCCAAUACAUUAUCCAUACAAGGACAAGAGGAUGUGAAGGUUGUCGCUAGUAAACCCGAUUGGUGGCCUUCUGAAUGGCUUCAAGAUCAGCAACAAACUGCUUAUGCGUAAAAUUCUAAUCUUGUUCAAGGGGCAAGCAUGUCAAAUAAAAAUUGUGGGUGAAUAGAAGAGCUGGUAAACAGGGAGUUAAUGUAAUUUUAAAUAAAUACUAAUCCUUCCACUGGCUUGGGAGAACAAUGCAGACGACUUUUGUGAAUUUUCUUGCAUAAUGAGUUUCGUUAUGGUAAUGGUAGUUUGGCAUUGUCUCCUCCUAAAGAACUUGAACGCAGAACAAUUGUGUUGGGAAGGCCAUCAUCUUGCUUGUUUCCACUUUCAACUUUAAACCAUACAUAUAUUGUUAA